UGGAGGAGUAAAGAUGGCGGCGCGGGGGCCUCCGCCUUCAUUUCCCGGCUGAAGCCCUCCGAGGGAGGCGGUGGCGGCCACUCAAGGCUACCAGCAUUCUGGUGGUGGUAGUUUUGUCAGCAGCUGCGGAGGCUCGAGCCAUGGCGGAGCUGGAGCACCUGGGAGGGAAGCGGGCAGAGUCGGCGCGAGCGCGGCGGGCGGAGCAGCUGCGGCGCUGGAGGGGCUCGCUGACAGAGCAGGAGUCCGCGGAGCGACAGGGCUCGGGGCGGCAGCUGCAGACAAGACGCGGGAACCCCAGGGUCCGCUUCGAGGAUGGUGCAGUCUUUCUGGCUGCCUGCUCCAGCGGGGACACGGACGAGGUGAAAAAGCUUCUGGCAAGAGGUGCGGACAUCAACACUGUCAACGUGGACGGUUUGACAGCCCUGCACCAGGCCUGUAUUGAUGAAAAUUUGGACAUGGUGAAGUUUCUGGUGGAGAACAGAGCCAAUGUAAACCAGCAAGACAACGAGGGCUGGACACCUCUUCAUGCGGCAGCUUCCUGUGGUUAUCUCAACAUAGCAGAGUAUUUUAUUAGCCAUGGAGCCAGUGUGGGAGUUGUGAACAGCGAGGGUGAAGUUCCUUCUGAUCUUGCAGAAGAGCCAGCCAUGAAAGACCUUCUUCUGGAACAAGUAAAGAAGCAAGGCGUUGACCUAGAGCAGUCAAGAAAGGAAGAAGAACAACAGAUGCUGCAAGACGCCCGCCAGUGGCUCAACAGCGGGAAAAUAGAAGAUGUGAGGCAGGCUCGCUCAGGGGCCACAGCCCUGCAUGUAGCUGCUGCCAAGGGUUACUCUGAAGUUCUCAGACUUUUAAUUCAGGCUGGCUAUGAACUCAAUGUUCAGGAUCAUGAUGGCUGGACUCCUCUUCAUGCUGCUGCACACUGGGGAGUGAAAGAGGCUUGUUCCAUCUUGGCAGAAGCACUCUGUGACAUGGAUGUCCGGAACAAACUGGGACAGACACCAUUUGAUGUGGCUGAUGAAGGUCUGGUGGAGCACUUGGAGAUGCUUCAGAAGAAGCAGAAUGUGCUUCGAAGUGAAAAGAAGACGCGGAAUAAGCUCAUUGAGUCAGACCUGAAUAGAAAGUUUCAGAGUGGACUCUUCAAGAACAAGGAGAAGAUGCUUUAUGAAGAAGAAAGCCCCAAGUCCCAAGAAACAGAGGAAGAAAACAAAGACUCCAGCAGCUCCAGCUCAGAGGAAGAGGAAGGUGAAGAGGAAGAAGAAGAAUCGGAAACUGAGAAGGAGGCAGAUAAAAAGCCAGAAGCCACUGUCAGCCAUUCCAACUCUGAAAGCAAGAGUCGUAUCAUGGAGCAGACCCCAGCCCCAGCUCAGAACACCUUCUCUGCCUCUUCUGCUAGGAGACUGUCCAGUCUUUUCAACAAGACAGAAGAGCCCAAAGACGAAUCUCCUUCUUCAUGGAGACUGGGACUCAGAAAAACUGGCAGUCACAAUAUGCUGAGUGAAGUGGCCAACUCCAGGGAAGCCUUUAGGGAUCGAGGUUCUUCCAUCUACCGUUCCUCAUCAAGCCCUCGGAUCUCAGCUUUGCUGGAUGACAAGGAUAAGGAAAGAGAAAACAAAAACUAUUUUAGCACGUUGGUACCCCGGAGGCUCAGCAGCACAAGUGACAUUGAAGAAAAGGAGAACAGAGAGUCAGCCGUUAACCUAGUGAGGAGUGGCUCCCACACCAAGCAGCUGUGGAGGGAUGAAACAAAGGGAAAGGAAACGCCACAGACAAUUGCUCCUUCCCCUUAUGUGUCAACUUACUUGAAAAGUGCUUCAUUUGGUAAAAGUAGUGACCCCACAAGUCCCUACAUUUCAGCCAAUCGCAAUUCAUCUCCUGCUACCUCACCCAUUACCAUUGGUUCAUCCACUCGGGGCAGCCAGUGGCAACCUGCCUCUUGCCCUGCACCAGUCAGUACAAACACUACUGCAUCUGUACAACACGCCAGGACUCCUUACAAGUCCCAGGCUGACUCAACAGCAGAGAAAACAACAGAUGGUGUCUCUUCUAGUCCUCUGUGUGUGAUCACCAAUCGCCCUGCACCAAGCACUGCCAAUGGGGUUCCUGCUGCCACAGUGUUCUCCUCCACUGGAACGGACUCCUCUGGGGAAGCCCGAGAGAAGAGGAGGUCUUAUCUGACUCCUGUCCGGGAUGAGGAAGCAGAGUCUUUACGGAAAGCACGCUCCAGACAAGCUCGGCAGACACGCAGGUCUACUCAAGGUGUUACCCUAACAGACCUUCAAGAAGCAGAGAAGACUUUCAGCAGGUCAAGGGCAGAGAGGCAAGCUCAGGAACAGCCCGGUGAAAAGCUUGAAGACCCUAGUGGUCUUGAUGGGAACACCAAGAAGCAGGAGCCAUCAGCUGCCCCAACAAAGGAAGCUGAGGAAGGCCAGCAAUCUGGGGGCAGGAGUCUGGAGGAAGAGCCUAUCUAUCAUCGCCUAAGGUGUUCAACUCAACCAGACAAACCCACAACACCCGUGUCUCCUUCUGCAUCAAGAACCUUACUCUACACUGGUUCUCAUCUACCACGGACAGGUAGAGCUUCAGACCCUGAUUCUGAGAAUUCGGAAACCACCACAAACGCCACAGCUGCAAAGGAAAUGGACAAGAAUGAGAAAGAAGGAGCUGAUUUGGAUGAUGAGUCCUCUAACAGGCUAUCUAUCCGAGAGAGGAGACGACCUAAGGACAGGCGAAGAGGCACAGGCAUUAACUUCUGGACAAAGGACGAGGAUGAAACAGAUGUGUCUGAAGAGGUCAAAGAAGCAUGGCAUGAAAGACUUUCUAGGUUGGAGUCAGGAGGCAGUAAUCCAACCAGCAGUGAUUCUUACAGUGACCGUGCCUCAGCAAGAGCCCGUCGGGAGGCCCGGGAGGCCCGCCUAGCCAGCCUGACCAGCCGGGUAGAAGAGGACACCAACAGGGAUUAUAAAAAACUCUACGAGAGUGCCCUGACCGAAAACCAAAAACUGAAAACAAAACUUCAGGAGGCCCAGCUAGAGCUAGCCGACGUAAAAUCCAAGCUCGAGAAGAUGGCCCAGCAGAAGCAAGAGAAGUCCUCUGACCGGUCAUCGGUGCUGGAGAUGGAGAAACGGGAGAGGCGGGCAUUGGAACGGAAAAUGUCAGAAAUGGAAGAAGAGAUGAAGGUGUUAACAGAACUGAAAUCCGACAAUCAGAGGCUGAAAGAUGAAAAUGGUGCCCUCAUCAGAGUCAUCAGCAAACUGUCCAAAUAGAUGAGGUCAGAUCUGGGAGGAGGGGACAGCAUUUGCUGCCCACCCCUCGUUUCCGGCCAAAAGAAGUGAAUGUCUCCGAAGAAGGGCACCUCCUCUGCACUGCACAUUUUCUCUGCACUCUGUGUCCCAUUGCUCCCCCACUUGUAGCCCGAGUUUUAUGACAGUUUUAACUGAAGCAUGAUUGUGACUAUUUCAAGCAAUCUGGAGAAAGCUUUGUGGGGUAUACCAAGCUCAGCUGUGAACCCCCAACUUUCUGCUGCUUUGUCCACAUUGGUUUUGGUACAGAUAUGUAAGGCUUUGACCCGUAGCCUUUAUACUGACCCACUGUCCUUUGAUAUAGGUGAGUCUUGGGGUGGCCACUCCAGGAUCCUAUCUGGGGUGCCAAGAAAAAGGGCAGAAUGUGGGGUUACUCUCUGGACUGCCUCUGGAGCUAUUGCGUAGAGUCCACGGUGGUUGUGACUCUGUUGUUCACCUCUCAGGGACUGACUUUUUACUUUUCUAUCGAUAACCUAGAACUUCCCUGACCAGUCUUAACCCCGUUUCUCCCUUUCCACAAGGCUUAGAUGCUCCUGGACUCUUGCUCCUUUUCUUCCUGUCCUUUUAUGAUUUCUUCUCCCAGCCUGAUGGCAUAAAAGCUGGAACGGAGCUCCUGACCUCAGUUGUUGGGGCCACUGUGGAAAAUCAUCGCUCUGUUGCCAUGGUACCAUGACCCUGUCCCUACACAGCUAGAGGAUGACUUAGGAGUCAGCUUAUUCUCAUCUCCCGCUUGCCCACUUACAGAGUGAUUUUCUGGGCUCUUCAAGUCAGACAUAGCAGUAUAUACCUACAGCCUCAGCACUCGUGAAGCUGAGGCAGGAGGAUCAGGGAUUUGAAGCCAGCUACAUAGCAAGACCCUCUCAAGAAGAGGGAAAUCUGGACUCUGUUGAGCUUGCCUUGCUCCCUUUGCCUCUGUUUACUUUUCCACUUGUGCACCUGCUCCUAAUGAGGAAUGAAGUCACAAGUCCAGGGAGAGGGUGGGGGAGGCGGGUGGAGCAGGCUAGAGAGAUGGAGAGAGCAUGUGAGGACACUUGGAAUGCUGUGCUUGUGCUGUGAGAUGAUGGGAACUUCUGGUCGUCGCAUUCAGGGGAGAGGCAGUGCCCUUCUUAGAAGCCGACAGGAGUGACUGCUGGGGUAGGGACUGAAGGGGACAAUCCAGUCCAUAAUAAGACUCAUGGACUCUUAAGAGUGGCAACAUCAUCCAGCCCAGCCUCCUCGUGUUAUAGGGACCCCUCUGCUGCCAUAGCUUUUGCCCUAUGGUCGGCCUUUGGUAGCUAUGCAUUUAGUGCUUAAAGCUUGGGCGCCUCUAAUAAAUAAUAGGAGCUGAGGUCUGCUGCUCCCCGCCUGCCCAGCUCAUUAAAUAUGGAUGGGUGGUGGUCUCUACUUCCAUAGUUCCUUCAGUCCUUCAGAUGUCAUGGUUUUGAUGCCUGUCACAUCUUGACUCCCAUCCUUUAAAGUCUAGACAAAGGCAGCCCUUUAGGUUAUCGUGUCUCCGUCUCUACAGAGUGGUCCAUAAUUCCAGCGCAUAGUUAAAGUGCUAGUUCUCAUGAUGAGCCCGUGCUGAUGCGGCUAAUGCUUGAUUUCUGUAGGCAUCUUGUCCUUUGGAUCACAUUAAAGGACAGGGCCUCAUCAUUUUGGUGUUGCCGGUGAUGUGGACCAUUCUAACACUACCUCUGUCAUUCUCUCUCAUGAGGCUGCCACUGUCCUUUUCUGUGACCCUUGCAGGCUUCGUUUGCUCUUAAACAGGCUGUAAUUCAGGGUCUUUGUUGCAGACGAGGACCACGCCCACUCUGACACACUUUGAGCAUGUACGGGUUCUCUUUGCCAUUUCAACCCACUCUUCUGAGGAGUCUGUGUUGAGCCACUCUGUUAUGGAGCACUGAGCCCGGGUUUUAGAAGGGACUGAACCACAGUGGGAAGGACCCGGCUUCUGCUAUAGGAAGCGGGAACUGCCAACAACAUGUCAGCCAACUGGUUCUAGAAUAGCUAGGACAUUGGGGAAGAAGGGAUUGCUGCAUUGUUCUUAGGAAAAGAAAAUGGGAUGUUAGGAAAACAUUUUGAGUCUCCUCUAUUCAUAGACCAGGUAAAGGUGUUCCAGAGUUCUAUACUUUUGGGCCUUUUGAAGUCCAGGGGCAGGUUCUCAAAACUCACACCCUGGCAUUAAUACCUGCUGCUGUGUGUGGCCUUCCAGGAAGGUUCCUUAGGACAAGUUGUUUCUAAGCUUUUCAGCCUCAGGAAUCCUGGACUCCGCAGCCAAGAACUUAUAGUACAGAUGUUCCUAGGUAAUUCCAGGCACUUCCUUUAGGCCACUAAUUUUAUUAGACAGAAAACAUUGUGAAUUUGGUCUCUUCAAAAUUAUAUUGACUGAAAGCCCCCAUGAAGGACAUAGGCCUUCUGAUAGCCAGCUAGACUCUCGGUGCUGGUCUCCUUUCCUCUGUUCUCGGCCAGUCACACACCGCAGGUCUCCCCGGUGACCACCAGCCUCACUUGCUGACUUCUUGUGAGUCAUCUCAUAGCUGGAGCUUAGUGACCCACUGUAAGCCGGUAGCCAUGCAGGACUCGGCCCUGUUGCAAGCCAGUCUUCCUGGGACAAGAAUGUUCUCGCUGCAGCAUCACACCCUAUGUUCUCAUUCAUCUGACAGCUUUGGGGGUAAUGGCGGGGCCAGUCCAGAGAUUCUGGGACUGGAGUUUUCCUGUUUGACUUUCAGGGGCUUCUGAGCCGUUCCAGACAGUACCUGGAAGUUCUGAUUGCCAGUUUCAUCCCUGUCUCUAGGGGAAGGUGGGUGGUGCACAUUUAAGGGUGUUGCCUCAAAAGAAUCAGAAGAACAGCUCGAUCUUGGACCCACUCAGUACACUGAGUUCUCAGCUGGGCUGGCCUCACUUCUAGAACCUCCUGUCUGUCCAGCAGUGGCCAUGUUCUCACCCCUGCUUUCCCUGCUUCUGUCCCAGGCCUCAGUCUUCUAGAUGCAAGCACUGUUCAGUGAGGCAAAGUACCGGGUUAGUCUGUGGGCCCUACAAAAGAGUAUAUAACCAGAGAUGAGAGGAGAAAGUCUCCAAGCCGUGCCCUUUGCUGCCACUCUGGUUCCUGGCCCCUUCGAGGCCUUUCCUCGCACAGACAACUGUCUCCACCCAGUGUAAAGCACUGACAGUGCUGGCACUUGUGACAUCUGUCAGCUGCUUCAGGCUGUUGCACGACUUGAACCAGAAGCCUAAUUGGGCAGCUAGGAUGUUAGUGACUAGCUUCCCCCAACAGGUGAGCUACAGCAUCCACUGCGGUCUCACGGUGAGGCUGGGCUGCAGAGCCCAGCUGUCUUCCCUCGGGACCACAGGGCUCUAGUCCAUGGUUACACGCCCUUUCAGAGGUGGGCCCUGAGCACAUCUCAGUUGCCAUUCUAUUCUGCAAACCUUCAAACAUAGUUCCCUUGACCCAGGAGAUGAGGGCAGGAUAAGGUGCACACAGUUAAGCCAACUUAUUUGGCGGUAACCCUUGGGCAAGGUAAUUUUUUAAGGCCCCAUGGGGCUUAAAUUUCUGUAAUUUAUUCACUUCUAGAAGAAUGAGAACAUUUUGACUUAGAUUUCUACUUCUUUUCAAAUUUUCAAGAUCAGUCUUGUUUCCUUCCCAAACUCAAGCUGUUUAAGAUUGGGGUGUCAAGGCUGACCUCUCCUCCUUGCUGGAAAGUGGAGUUAACACUGAAAGCAAUUGAGCAGUGUUGUGAUUGUUUCCUUCCUGGUAGUUAGGAGCCUGAAAAGGUGGAGAUUGUAGCUGGUAGGGGUGGAUGGAGCGGUAUGUCACUAGGAGCCCAGCCGCCUCUCCUAGAUGUGACCAGCACUGCUUCUCCGUACCCAAGCAGCAGACUUGACUUGGGAUUCUCUUUGGCACCAGCUAGUUCCUAAUGUUGAGCUCUGCCUUGAGCAACAAGUGUUCCACAGGAAGAGCCUAGCUUCGGCUGAGCUCUGCCUCCGAGCACUAAGCUCUCAGAAGUGGGGCGUUCUGGGGCUGUUAAAGGCGGUCUUUCACCUGGAGGUGGGUGCCUGCAGGUGUGAUGGAAGGCAGAGGCAGGUCUUUGAAUGUGGAACAGGGUGGAGAUUGCAGACACUGGGAGAGAGGAAGCCUGGUUUCUGCACUGGAAGGGCGCUCCGUCUCAUUGAGUUCUCUCCUCAGUUCCAGCUAAGCCUGAGAGGAGAUUUUAAUCAGCCUUCCUAAUGGGUAUUGACACUGCUCAGAGCAGUGGACUCUGUCAGGGACAACUAUUGAUUGCUUGUGUUCUGAUUAGAUUGGAAAAAUAGAUCAACUUCAUUAUUGCCCAGGAGCUGUCAUUGUCACGGCUACAGAGGAAUGAAGUGGUCUCUGGGGGCCGAGAAAAAACAACUGAACCCCAGCAAACCUGAGGGAAGCUGGAAGUUGUCUCCACAUCUCCUUGCAAGCUGUGGUGAAGGUCACAACUGCAACCCAGUAUCUGGGUGCCCGCUCGCGAGAUGGUGGGGGUGGGAACUCCUAAAGCCCAUGCAUUGAUGCAUGUUCUGGCCUUACCUCAGAAGACUUGGCAAUGUGAGGCUCCCUUCCAGCCUGGGGACACACACACUUGCCAGGCUGGAGCUUUUUAAAGAGGUCUAGUGUUUUCUUGAUUAGAAAUGAAAACUCAGAAACCAAUUUUAUCCGAGUGUGUAGCUCUGUCUCUUUUUCUCUUCCUGCACCAGCUUCCCAAAGGACUCCCAUGCAUCUGCUUGUCUCCCAGCUUGGUAAUCUGCCAGAAUGACAUUUUGUUAUUUUGCCUCUAAAUUUUCCCCUAAUGCUUCCAAUAAAAAUGUACUUGGGUGGCCCUUAAGGUGUCAUCAAGAUGGUAGUGUAGGUCCUUCCAACUAAUCAUACCCCUCCCUUGCCUUCCCCCACACUCCUCAGGCCUGGCUUCCACACUUGGGCUUGAUGGUGCUUGAGGGACAGGGUUUCCCAUUAAUCAGCCAAGAGUCCUGGAGAAUUUUCAGACACCAACAGCAUGUCAUUUUUCCCCCACCACCCAUAGCCAGCCCCUAUUCCAUUUUCAAGGCCCCUCAGAGACAAGAUUUGGCUUAUAGGUCUAGAUGAUUCUCGUUGCAGGGCUGUGUCUGAGACGUUCAUUCCUUCUUUUCCUGGGGAUGUGACCAGUCCCUGCAUAAGGCAGAAAUGUCUCCUCAGCACAGGCUGAGCUAGUCAGUCUGUAUAGAAGCGACAGCCUCUCAGUCAGCCAGGAGAGAAGACCCAGAAAAUGCUGGACCAUAAGGAGUCCUAAGAGCCUCUGACAUGCUCUUGAACCCAGAGCGGAGGUCAGAGCAGGAUCCUGAACAGGGAACACUCGGGCCAGCACCAGCUUGCUUCUCUCCCAGGUGCUGUGUCUGCUGUUCUCAACCCUACUCUUCUGAAACCUCAAGAGGAUCCCAGCCUAGCCUAGGAUGGCAGUCUAGUGCAGAGUAGCUGCAGGUAAAGGCAGCAGAGGUGGGUCCAAGAGAAAGUGUCCAUCCAACACACUCACCUCACCAGUCACCUGCCUCGAGCCCUUGGCAGGUCCUCUUCCUGGCCUGACCUCAAAGCACAGCCAUGAUUUCCCUGAAGAGGACGGUAACGUGCCACAGCCGCUCCCUCUGCAGCGAGAUGGGGCCUACUCUGAGGCAGUGCAGUCUGGUUUGGGCAUCACCGUUUUUCUGUUUCCUUCGCCCUAGUCUUGAUCACCACUUGAAUGCUAGCAUUUUGUGUUUCCUCUCUCCACCCUUCACCCACACUUAUGCACCAAAUGGAGCUGUUUUCCAGCUGAGUUGUGUAGAUUAACUUCAAGUCAACUGUAAAGACACCUGGAGGAGGCUCCUGAGGGAGGGGAAGCCAGACUGGCUUUGUGAACUGAAUGUAUUUUUAUGCAACUUUGAGUGGCCUUUCAACCCUGAGAUGGAUGGAUUUGCUUUACUGGUUGUUAUUAUAUGGUAUUAAGUGUUCUGUGUUUGAAAGUUUGGGAAUAAUAUUCACAUCUGUAUGAUGCCUGUAAACACAACAGUAUUUAUAAAUGAACAAAUAAAACUGUGUUUUAACUUUGUGCCA